AUGUGCCAAGCGCCGUUCGUCGACGCUUUCCUCGUAGGUGCUAUCGAUCGUCUUCGUCGCGACCAUCGAGCACGAGCAGCAUGGUCAGCGCUACGACCCUCGACGAUGCCGCUCGCUGAAACACACGAACAAGCAACCUCUCGAAGCAGGAUGGGCUCGUUGGUCGGAUAUCAAGGAUGCACAGCAACACGCGGCUCGCAUGGCAAAUCUUCGCGACUGUCUGCUUGUUUCUGCAUGCCGACGUCGUCGGUAGAACACUCGAGCACGGCGCUUCUCCAGCGUGUCGACCGGCCCGACUCUGCUGCGAUGGCGGGAUCCAGUGACCGUAUCAUGUCGGUCCAACUCCGGCAGAUGCUGGGCGACGCCGGUUGGGCCGUGGCUGCUUUGCUCCGAGCCGACGCGCGUCGACUUUAG